GGUUAUUACUAAUACUAUGACCAUUAUCAACAUCAUCAUCAUUACCAUCAGAUAGCACAGUGGUUAUUACUAAUACUAUGACCAUUGUCAACAUCAUCAUCAUUACCAUCAGAUAGCACAGUGGUUAUUACUAAUACUAUGACCAUUGUCAACAUCAUCAUCAUUACCAUCAGAUAGCACAGUGGUUAUUACUAAUACUAUGACCAUUGUCAACAUCAUCAUCAUUACCAUCAGAUAGUACAGUGGUUAUUACUAAUACUAUGACCAUUGUCAACAUCAUCAUCAUUACCAUCAGAUAGCACAGUGGUUAUUACUAAUACUAUGACCAUUGUCAACAUCAUCAUCAUUACCAUCAGAUAACACAGUGGUUAUUGCUAAUACUAUGACCAUUGUCAACAUCAUCAUCAUUACCAUCAGAUAGCACAGUGGUUAUUACUAAUACUAUGACCAUUGUCAACAUCAUCAUCAUUACCAUCAGAUAGCACAGUGGUUAUUACUAAUACUAUGACCAUUGUCAACAUCAUCAUCAUUACCAUCAGAAGUACAGUGGUAUUACUAAUACUAUGACCAUUGUCAACAUCAUCAUCAUUACCAUCAGAGUACAGUGGUUAUUACUAAUACUAUGACCAUUGUCAACAUCAUCAUUAAUUCCCACUUUCACCAUCAUUACCAACAUCAUCACUGCUACCAACAUCUUUACCAUCAUCAUUACCAUCAUCAUUACCACCACCAAUCACCAUCAUUAUUGCCAUUAUCACUAUCAUCAUUACCAUCAUCAUCACUACCAUCAUUACCACCAUCCUCAUUACCAUCACCAUCAUUUCCACCAUCACAUUACCAUCACCACCAUUACCACCAUCAUCAUUACCAUCACUACCACCAUCAUCACUACCAUCAUUACCACCAUCCUCAUUACCACCAUCCUCAUUACCAUAACCAUCAUUACCACCAUCAUCACUACCACCAUCAUCACUACCACCAUCAUCACUACCACCAUCAUCACUACCACCAUCAUCAUUACCAUCACUACCAUCAUCAUUACUACCAUCAUUACUACCAUCAUCAUCAUCACUACCACCAUCAUCACUACCAUCAUUACUACCAUCCUCAUUACCAUCACCAUCAUUACCAGUUUACCACCAUCAUCAUUACCAUCACUACCAUCAUCAUCACUACCAUCAUUACUACCAUCAUCAUCAUCACUACCAUCAUGAUCACCUACCAUCAUCACUACCAUCAUCAUCACUACCAUCAUUACUACCAUCAUUACUACCAUCAUCAUCAUCACUACCAUCAUCAUUACUACCAUCAUCAUCAUCACUACCAUCAUCAUUACUACCAUCAUCAUCAUCACUACCAUCAUCAUCACUACCAUCAUCACUACCAUCAUCAUCACUACCAUCAUUACUACCAUCAUUACUACCAUCAUCAUCAUCACUACCACCAUCAUCAUUACCAUCACUACCACCAUGGCCAAAACUCAUUAACCGCACUCUUUCGACCACAGGUAAUUUCAGGAUACCACACAAUGGCCUGUACCACAUUUUGGUUAAUCUGAUUAUUCGUCGUUACUCAGACAUCGUGCUAAAGUUCAGCGUUAUGAUAAACAACCAAACUGAAGCGAUCUCAAAAACAACAAAAAUCGACUCCGAAGGGCUUAACACUGUUACACUGGAAGGCAUUUUGGACCUUGCUGAAAACCAAAUAAUUUCAAUAACGAUAUCAAACCCUGCUUCACACUACGCUUACGUACGUGUGUACUCCAGCUCGAGAUUUUUUAUAUUUUCAAAAGGCACACUAGGUCAUUCUAUAGCAGCACUAUCGACACAUUACAACCCCAGUUCAACGAAGAUGCCUGCGAACACAUUUUCAAAGUUGAACAGCUGGGAUAUAAGCUCUCCACAAACCCUCAACCACUAUAGCAAUGUUCAGCUACAGCAAGGUGAAUUUGUGGCUCCAAUACCAGGAUAUUACCAAAUAAACAUCGCAUUGUAUCUUAGUAAUUGUACCACAGCUGCAGCAAGGCUCUCCGUAAAGACUGACAACAGUUACGAAGCAAUCGGUCCAGACAUUAGUUUGACCAAAGAAAGCAAUGACUGUUACCUUGAGAACUCCUUGCUAUUACACUUGGACACGAAUGACACACUAAGACUAGAAGUGAAAUCUGAUAAGAAGUAUACUGUGCUUUCAAAUACUUCGUAUCAAGUUAUCUUUCAAACCACGUACACUCUCUGGCCAGCAGCAAUUUUUACACUACAACAACCGUUUCAGUUUAAAACCAAUUCCGCACCAGUUAAGGUAAGGUUGAUUAUUAAAUUAGACUUUAGGUUAAUUAAUUAGAACAUCCAUUAGAAGGGUUUUAAUAACGAGCGGCAACCUACAUAACUUGUGAUUUGACUUGAAAACGCUCGUAUUCUUGAAUAAUAUAUUUUAAAGACACGAAUGAAAUUUGCUGAGAAAAAUAAACUUAAAGUUUAUGUAAAUGAGCAGAUUUUGUAGCAUUUUAUACCCUUUAUGGUCAUACGAUUUAUUUUGUGUUUUUCUCUGAAUAUGUGUACUAAUAUGGGUAAAGCAUAGCGAAAAAUCUAAAAGUAAUCUUUCUUGCUAAAGGUUUCCGAUUGGUCGCAUCAUACAGAAGGCGACUGGAAUGACAUGUUCUUUAAUGCGAGCAAGGACGAGAUCCAAAUCAAAACCCCUGGACUUUAUCUCUUCUCCUACAACUUGGUAGUGAAAGCUACAGCAGGCGGUCAGUUUCAUUCUGAAAUUGUUGUAAGCGGCAACGCAGCUGGUGAUGGUGGUUCCUGUCAGAGAGGCAAUGCUCCACAGACGUUCACAUGUACCACAUCAACACUGUUGAAUCUGAUGGAAGAAGACAAGGUGGCUGUUCAAGUGUGGAUGAAUGAUGGCACCAAGGCCAAACAGUCGUCGGUUCAAGUCUCCACCUCAAGCCGAAUGACAGUUACAUUACUCGGCGACACAAGGUCCCACCCCGUCUUCAAGUUAAACGUGCAACCACCCAAAACGGCUUACAGUACAAAGGCUAAUUCAAAAGAUACGAAAACACUAACUGACUUUACGUUCCCAAACACAAGCUUCUUCCAAAGCGGCGCUGUGUUUUCAAAUGUGACGAAAACCUUCAACUCUGGAAAAGAUAUUGGUUUCCUCUUGCUCAAUAAUUUGCAGCUUAAUUUACAGAAUGAUGGUUACUUAACUUCGGUAAUCGGUUCUGAGGCUAACAAUACGAUGGUGUACAGUAAGGAUCAUAAGAAGUCCCACUUCUCCCUCCCUGCCUCAGAUCUUACUCUUGAUUCCCAGUUUUAUUUCAAUGUAUCUGCAGAAGCAACAAAAACUGCUUUAAAAUGGCAGCCUGAAAGUGGAAGUGUUGUAUCAGGCGUUUAUGUAGAUAAAACGGAAAACAUGACUUGUUUUAAAGCUCAAUUGAAAGCGAACACUAAACUACAGUGUUCUAGCAAGUGGACACAAAUUCCAGUAAAGCAUUGGAAUCUGAAGUUGCUUUUGAAUGACAUUGCAACUGUGACCAAAACUGGAAUACAGAUUGCCAAGAGUGGAUUUUAUUUAACAUCCCUAAAUUUUGCCGUGAAAGCCAACACAAGCAAUACAGUUAUAAAUGUUAAGAUCUCCUCUGCUCAACACCUCAAUCUAUCUGCAAGUGAAACAAGCCCUGCGGACGGUGUAUUUAGUAUAUUUCUUCAAGCUAUUCUCGAGGCAACAAGCGGGCAAAACGUUGAUAUUCAAGUGAAAUGCCAGACGCCAACUGAAAUCACGUAUGCAAAAGGUGGCGGUCUUUUUGCUUUCAAAGUUGAUGAACGUCGAACAUCGCCUGGAAUGCGCAAACGAUUCACAGCUUAUCAUAGAUAUAGAUAUGGCCAUUCGGACAGAAUUGGGUCAUUUUAUCCGUAUUAUUCUUAUGGUAAUGGCAAUUUUGAACAGUUUCGUCAAGAUAUCCAGAAUAACAAUUGGAAACUUACUGUAGCACGGAGUGGGCUGUAUCUUAUCACAGUUGUCGGUUAUGUACGCACAUAUACAUAUUAUUAUGUUGAUAAUACCGACCAUUUUGAACUUGGAUUUUCAAGCCCAACUAGUAUGAAUGCAACUGGUGCUACUUGCUCUUUAGAUUCAUCACCACUCUAUUUCAAAGAUUCUGACACCAAGAACGAUGAAUCUCUUGCAUUGACUGGCUUUGUUUCGUGGGACAAGAAUGACAUAGCUGGUUUUCUUGGUCGGUUUGGCUACUAUAGCGUAAGUUACAGCUCGCGUUUUUACAUGUCCAUCCAGUUUGUUGGGGAUAAAGACACAUCUAGUGGUUUCACAGCGACUUUACAAAAAGAUACGUCUUUGGCAAAAGGACAGAACCACCAACUCCCAAAACAAUCUUGGACUUCUGACAAAAAGUGCGGACAGUAUACAACAAAAGAUGCCGCUCAAUUUGAGAAGUUCAAAGUGUCGUACACGGGGUAUUAUGUGGUGGCCAUGAACCUGGUAUUGAACCAUGGAGAUGGCUGUGACUUUGGCUUCUGUUUCACUGUUGGUGGAAAGCUUAUCAAAGGUGGUGUGAAAGGUUCAAAUGUUGGAUGUUUUAAACAGCAUUUGCGAAGUGAAAACCAAACUAGCACAUCUACAGUCAGUAAUGCGGAACUUCUGUACCUCAAGGCAGGGCAGGUAUUAUCGGUUCAGUUGAGUACAAACCUUGAAUUAACCAUUUCCAAGAAAUCUAGUUUCUCGGUCUUUUAUCUCGGAACUGCAGGAGCUAUGCUAGGAUUUUCAUCGCUAAUAAAUACAGCAAUAAAACGACCAUUGCCAAGUUACCGUUCAAGAUAUUAUCAUUAUCAUUAUUAUUAUCACUACCACGACAAUGACAACGACUACGCACAGUACGUUGUCGCAGGAUGGGACACGACAAUUAUGGGCUUUCAAAAUGGGAUAAAGUCUUCUGUGAAUGAUACAUUUGUGUGUUCGCAAGAUGGCGUUUAUAUGGUGAUGGCAAAGUUGCACGUUAAAGCGCAGAUUCAAAUGAACCAGACGUGUAAAGUAAAGCUUCAACUAGCCGUAGAUGGCGAGGUUUUGGAUUUUGCUUUCAAGAGAGAUGUUGGGGUUUCUGCAAAUACUUUAUCUUUUACAACCACGCUGAGGUUGGAGAAAUGGCAAGGGCUUACAGUGAGGUUAAGUUCGAAGCUUACAACGUGUACGAGUGUGGAUAUUGAAGCUGGAAGUUCAUUCUCUGUUGUUUAUUUAGGUAAGGGUGAAGUUUGUGUCCAGGAGGGAAUAGGGGGGGAGAUAGGGAAGGGAGAGGGAAAGGAGAGACAUGAGGAAGACAGGAAUGGAAGAGAAAGAGAGGAGCGGAGGGAGAGAUGGAUUGGGGGAGGAGGGAGGGGGCGAAAAGAAAGGAGGUGGGUGAGGAAAGGUGGGUGGGGAGGAAGAGAUGGAUAGGGGGAGUGCGGAUGGACAGGGGGAGGAAAGAAAGAAGGAGGUGCGUGGGGAGAGGUG